GUAAGGUACCUCUCAUUCGUGGCCAAAGGGUCGGAGCGGGCACCCGACGUCUCUUCAAACCUCAUCUCAUACUUUUUGUGUUCCCCAACAUGACCGGCCCGGUUGGGACUGGGACUUGGGAGGGCGAAUUUACUAUUGAAGAAGAAAAGAGAGCAACACACUGUCCAUCUCAGAUGUCGGGUCGAAAAGCCCCAAGUCAAAGCAGCCAGCGCAGCCAGCCAAAGCCGAUGGCGAUGGCGAUGGCAAUAGCCUUCAACAAGGCAUACGGUCUUACUCACCACAGGCAAAUGUGUCAAAAUCGACAUCGCCCACCAAAGCCACACGUCCGGGCGGCCGGUCAGAAGAACAACCUCACAACACAAGAACGGCACGUCUUGGGCCGUCCUGUGCGUACCCGGUUUACCCGCCGACCUGCUGUGUUGCUUCUAGCCUUCUGCUGUUGCAUAGCACUCUGUAAUCCCGUCAAAGUCACCUCCCAUUAUCAGACGCCCCGAGAAUUCGGCACUGGUAGCCGCCGUUCUAUGUACAGACGAAACGACAUGACUCGUUACGAAAAACCGGUGACGGUAAGCGACGGUACCUCAAUACUUUGGACACGAAAAUGGAUUGCCCUGAAUAUCGUCCACCACGGCGCGGGUAAAGAAAGCCGUUCAAAUUUGAACAAGUCGCGAGUACCUCUCCUUUUUUUUUUAAUUUUUUUUUUACCGCUUAUUCGUGUUGCAGCUCAAAACGCCCGCUUGUCAGGCGCCGGCCUUGCUUCGAGACGGCUUCCCAGCCAUUGCCCCUCUAAAGCCCCAGAAAAAGAACCAACUUCGUCGUACCUGGCUCCAUCACGCAAUAUGUAUCUUUUCAAGUAUACACGACGUUUACAUCUUUGUUCUAAGGUUAACGUACCUCCCUUGCAAAUCACGGCAUGAUAACAACAAGUCCCCGGCAACAGCCCAGACCUCAUAAUAAAAAUAUGGACACUAAUAGCAACAGCCAUGUUCGUCCUAAGACCGUCAAUUGCAACAUGCGGACACACGAACCAGGUUUUCUAGUUGCUCCAAGGCAACUACACGCGUCUCUCUCACAAUCUCACAGACACACACACACACACAUACGCACACUCUCUCCGACAACCUCGUCAGAACCCGAGACUUUUUGUUU